UGUACCAAAACAACACCCCCGACCCGGAUCGCGGCGAGCGGAACGCGAAAUUGUACGGAUUUUUACGGAGAUUUUGGAUUCCUUCGCGUAAUUUUGCGUGCUGUUUUCGGAUCGGAUUGGAACUUGUGAGUGUUCUUGCUUCUGAAUUGGAUUGUAAAACUUUCAAACCAUACGGCGAAAAUGAGCGAAGAGGACGAGCGCACAUUGUGGUGCGGUAAUCUCGCGGAGAAAGUGACGGAGGAGCUUCUGUACGAGUUGUUCCUGCAGGCUGGUCCAGUAGAGAUGGUGAAGAUUCCCCAGGACAAAGACAAGCGGCCCAGGUCGUUCGCAUUUAUAACUUACACCCACGGUUCAUCGGUGGAAUACGCCAUCAACAUAUUCGACGGAACCAGAUUGUUCAACCGGCAGUUGACGAUACACAAGAAGAGUAAGAACGGACAGAAUGCAGGCUCUCCGAAGGUGAACAAUCCGCAGCAGAACCGGGGCCACCAUCAGCAACAACAACCGCAGCAGCAGCAACAGAUGAAUCCAGGAAACAUGCCAAACUUGGCUCAGCUUCAAUUCGCCAACAUAAGCCCGGGGGCCAUGACCCAGAUGAUGCAGGGGAUGAUCAACCAGCUGAGUCAACAGGCUCUGCUCAACAUGGGCCAUAUGCCGCAGCAUAUGCAGCAGAACAAGAUGAACCGUAACGACCGGCAGCAGCAGCACCAGCAACAGAAGCCUUACUCGAGGGACAACAGAGACAACCGGGGAGGAAGCGAUAGGGACCGGGAUAAUUAUUCCGGCCGGGAUCGCAACGAUGGCGAUCUGUUCUCUCGGGACAGAGGCGGCGGCGGCGGUGGUGGUGGAAACAAGAGGAGGAAUGAAUACCGUAACAGGAGAUAGCAAGAGGAUUCCGACUAGAUUAACUACUUGCAACGUUUUCGUCUUUACCUAUCUUAUAACUGCUUUUGCUAAAUCUGGAGAUGGGAAUAAAAUAACUCUAAUAUAU